AGUGCUCCAACUGCUUGACGCUGAUGGAGAGCCUGGACAACGGCCAACGCCUGUAUGUGUCGUGCACCAUGCCGUCCAUCGAGGUGGGGACAGUGGGAGGUGGUACGCAGUUACCAGCACAGGCGGCCCUACUAGACGUCUUGGGGGUACAGGGCCCAAACAGAGACACUCCUGGGGCCAACGCACGCAUGCUAGCUCAG